UGUGACGCUGCGGCUUACUUCUCGCUUUUUGCAACCAACUACACCAAUGAUACUAAAAUGUCUACGUUGCAAAUAAGAAAGAAAGACUAGAGAAAUACGUUUUGUGAAAUAAUCCGCAAACAGAAAAUGCAACUGCAUAUAAACUAUUACGUUUUACUAAUUUCACUCUGCCUUGCAUUUUAUCCGGAUCACGGAGUUGCGGUUGCAGAUGCAACAUACUGGCGAAAACCUGGCGUUAGACUGGUGAACGGCGCUGGUGGCGGGAAACAGCACAAAGUGCACACUGUGGGGGGUUGCACUCUCCUCUGCCUUGGCCUCACGCCUGCCUCCUGUAGAUCCGUGAACUACCACAGCGGGAGCAAGACGUGUGAAGUGAACGACAAGGCUGACGGCGAUUUUGAUGGUGUAGGUCUCGUUGCGGACGAUGCCUGGGACUAUCUAUAUACUGAACUGGCCCCACUAGCUUCAUGUUCAGCAUGGCAACAGAUUAGCAGCACGAGCGGCAUAUAUCCAGUUGAUCCAGACGGCGCCGGGGCUGUGAGCGUCUUCAAUGUGCAUUGUAAUAUGUCCUCGUCUCCAGCCACGGCGAUUUUCCACCACGAUCAGGAGUCAAGGACACAUGUUGACGGCUAUAAAGACCCUCAGUCCUACUCCAUUUCACUGUCAUAUGGACAAAGCAUGGAGCAAAUAGCUGCGUAUCUGGACAGGGACGGAAUCAAUUGUUCCCAGUACAUGAAAUACGAAUGCAAGGGCUCCGUCAUCUUGAAAAGUGAUACUAUCUACAGUGCAUGGUAUGACCGGCGUGGACAGCAGGCGCCAUUUUGGGCUGGAGGAGAUCCCAGCGGCGCCAUGGGCAACUGCGCGUGCUCACGAGAUGCAACUUGUGAAGAUGCAGACAUGAACUGCAACUGCGACAUAGAGGACAACGAGUGGCGAUCAGACGAGGGCGUUAUCACCGAGUCCAGUUACUUACCGAUAACCAGGGUCACGUUUGGGGACACAGGUGGAUCUGAAGAGGGCUACCACACCAUCGGCCCUCUGGUCUGCGAAGGAUAAUUGGGAUAUAAGAGAAAAGACAUUGUGAUAAGACAGCCACUUGAAGGGAUGUCUCUUCAGUAGGUUCAAUAUAGUGUAGAAUUGGAAAAGAAAAGAAUUGGAAAACUUAUGACCACGAUCGUCUGAUAAGUCGAAAGGAAUAACUGGCAACGUAAUGUUUUCCCCGACGAUAAGUUGUUGUCUGUCAUUUUCUGAACUCCCUGUGUGUAAGCCACUGAGUGAAUUGAUGAGUGGUGGAUUAAUAUUCAUUCGAAAUCAAUAUUUAGAAUAGAAUAUGUCUCCUAAUCGUUUAUACGUACUUUUCGAGCAUUGUUAUUUAUUUCAAAUGUGCAUUGACAAUGCCCUCGCCUACCGGUUGAUAAAGGGCGCCAGCCUGACG